GGGUUCUGUUUAAUCCUGCGGUUCGGAGCGGUUCGUUUCACUCCUCCGCGAAAGAGCCGCGCUGCUGCAGAAAGGGGUCGCUGGAAUUGGAAUUGGAAUUGGAAUUGGAAUUGGAAUUGGAAUUCCCGGAGGCUUCACCCGCAGCGCUUACAAUGGCAGACACCGCCGCUGACACCGCCAGCCCCGCCGAGGUUACCGCCAAGGACCUGAAAGAGAAGAAAGAAGUGGAGGAGGAGGUGAAGGAGGAGACUGGCAGCGGGGAUGCACCUGCUAACGGCACGGAGAAGGAGGCAGAGUCAAACGGUGCCGCUCACAGCGAGGAAACCCCCGAGCAGGCGGUGCGGGAGGACGGGGGCGAGGAGGCUGAGGGAGAGGUGAAUGAGGAGGGAGAGGAAGGGGCGGAGGAAGGAGAGAAGGAAGAGAAGGAAGAUGUGCAGCCAGUGAAGCGCCCGGCUGAGGCAGAGGAGAAAGCUGAAACGAAAAAGCAGAAGACAGAAAACGGAGAUUCGACAGAGGCUGAAGUGACAGCCUGAGCCAGCGUGCAGCCCGCCCUCUCUCGCCGUGCCAGCAGGGUCCCGUUCACACUGUGCAGAGGUGCUUCGUGAUCCACCAGGGGACGCUGCUCCACUCCGGCCUGUAAAGCUGUAUUAUUCAUUGCUCUCUUGUAUAUACAACUCGAGAGAGACCCUGGAGUGCUCAGCUUUGAGGCUGUGUGAUUUCGGGGGGGGGGGGGUUGUUUUUCUCUCUGUAUAAUGAAGCACAUUCUCUACUUUGUUUCUGUGACCAGCUGAUAAAAAGUUUUAAUUUUUUUUUUUGGUGUUUUUU